GGUUGGUAUCGACUUUCAUUGACUAGGUCGGUGCGACAGCCUUUAUACAAUCUGUGACUCCAUUAACCCCCGUUGCUAUUGUGAGUAGUCUCAGGAACGUGUCGUGUGUGCUACCCACAACACAACCGCACCAAUCUGGUAAUCAAAUCUGGAAGGACAACAUUGGAGGGAGACGGUUUCUCGAUAUACCACACGCAAUGUCAUCUAGCCAAAUAUUAUUAUCUUACAUCUGAGGUAUAAGGCGCAAAUGGUGAGACGAACGAAUUUCUUCAUCUUAUGUUGAGUUUGGACAACACAGAUCAAGGCCAUGGAUGGAUUUUCUUAAACAUUGAGUACGUUCAGGUUUUCUUCCCAGGAAAUUAUUCAAAAUAUUAUUGGCAUUUUACAAUGAUACACUUCGCAUCAGCUUCUAACUUUUGUACCCUUCCUCAGCGAUUUUCUAUCAAUUACCUUGUGACGUGCUAAGAACUUUGUGAAGAGACUUCAAAAGAGAGAAGACCGCUUACAUAUUUUUUUUUUAUUUGAUUCACGAUUUGCGUGGACUGUGAUUAUCUUAAUGUGAUAUACCAAGCAAAUAUAUUUUUAUCUCAACUUCAUGAAUCUUUCUUUGUUGGAGCACACAUUACGAUUUUAUCAUAAGAUUCAUAUGAAGAAAAUAAUUAAUAUUGAUAUUUUAGUCAUGUAAUAUGACUAAAAACUAUUUUAAAGAAAACAUGCUGCUAAUUCACAUCAUGAAGACUGAAAACUGUUUUAUCUACGGUGCAAGGGAUUAGAUUGAGUGAGGAUGGGGGAUCAUUCGGGCCUACCACCCUUGAACCACCGCCCUAGCUCCGGGGGUGGGUCGAUGAUGUUCAGCAGGUAUCAGCCGUCGGUGUUUGGAGCGGGUGACCAUGGGGAUGCUUUCUCAAUCAUCGGACAUGACUUAUUCUCCGCUCCAGAAUUGCCUGAAAUCAUUGAUUUGUUGACCCGAGGGGUACCGAGCCGGUUAACCCUAGCCGAUAUGAUAGGAGCAUGUCGGACUACUGUGAAUGAUAUAGAGAGAUUACCUGCUAUACACCCUUCUGUUAUGAGCUCUCGGGGGGAGCAGCAAACCCGGUACAUGACAUUCGUAUCUACCCCACCCAUAGAGAGAAGACCACCAAGAGGAAGACCUAAGUUUCCACGCAAGCCCUUAGGCCCACAAGAAUGCUAUAAAUGCCAACUCAAAACUGACCACGCAAGCUGUGAAAAGCACAAGUAUCUGAGAAUCGGAGGAGGAUAUCGUCAUAGCUAUGCAUACAUCAGUCAAAUCAUGGAUGUUAUUGAGAAGGAGCAUUUUGCCGUAGCUCGGGAAGACUUCUUGAAAAAUGAAAAGAUAAAAGAAGAGGCGAGAAAACUAGAGGAAAGUCGAAACACAGUGAAGCGUCGAAUUAAGCUUUAUCUCCGAACCAAAAGCGGCAACGUCAUCACCCGAUACCAGUUCGUGAACGAGGACGACUACCAUGAAAUGAAAGAGAACAAGUCGGCAGCUAAGAAGAUGUUAGGGCUAAACGAUGACGAGUCACUCGAGGAGUUCGUUACAUCUAAACAAGGUUACGUACAAGAUAAGCACGGAGAGAUGGUGAAAGCGAAAAAGAAGAAAAAUAAGAAGAAAAAGAAACACAGAGAUGGGAACGAAGAGGAAAGUGACGACGAAUCUGAUGAAGAUUGGGAAGACGAUGGAGGUCGUCGUCGUCGUCAUGGUCGUAAGAAGGGUCAUCAUUCAAAGCGACAUCGAAAGCACAAAGGGCGAAGGAGACACGGUGACGCUAGUGACGAUGAAAGCAUAGCCGAGAGUGGAGUCGGUCCAAGCAUAUACGAUGGCGAGGCUGGCGGAAAAUCCCGACGUCAUCAUCGUCGCCAUCAUUCCGGCGACGACGGUGAGGAAGACGAUGGUCAGUAUAUGUCAUCCGCAGAAUCAUACAUCAGUGACAAUGGAACUCUACAUCACAGAGAGAAGAAGAAAAAGAAGAAACAUAGGAGACAUGAUCGUGAUGACGACGGUGAUCGACAUCGCAGAAGACGGAGACGAGAUGACGAUUCGGUGGUCGAUGGUGAAAGCGCUGAGUCUGAUGAGAUGAGUGGGAAGGAAAAUGACAGGAGACAUCGUCGUAGACAUGGCGAUGGUAAGCGACAUCGCGGACGGAGAGGACGUCGGAAUUCCAGCGGUGAUUCUGAGGUAGACGAGGAUGACGGUUCACGACAUCGUCGGAAAGGACAUCGGCGGCGUCGUGGAAGACGUGGAGAAGAUGAUGACGAUGACGAAAUGGAUGAUGACAGGCAUGGAAGAGGAGGUCGACGAGGUUCGAGGGGGCGACACAGAAAAGGAAGCCGAAGACGAAAAUAUGGUUCGUCGGAUGAUUCCUCUGAGAGCGAUGACGGAUCCGAUGACGAUGAAGGUGGUGAUCGUAGAGGAAGAAGACGAGGUCGAAGAAAAAACUCGAAUGGUAACAACGAUGCUGUAUAUCAUGAUUCUGAUAAACACCACCGUCGUCGACGGCGUAGAUAUCGUAGCGAUGAUGACAGCGAUAACGAAAGUCGAGCUGAUGACGAUCGUCGAAGUCGUCGGCCCGGAUAUGAUGGUCGCCACGGUUCAAAAGGGAAACAUCGCGGACGACAUCGCAGAAGAAGUGCCGAUAGUGAUGAUGAAGAUGAUGAUGAUUAUGAUAAUGAUCGGCCAACUAGGCGCCGACACCGUAGAAGAAACAACAACGAUGACGACGACGAUGAUGACGAUAAUAAUUAUGAAGCAUACAGUAGACGAUCGGCAGGUCGAAAAAGCAAGAAGCACGGUGGAAGAAGAACCAAGGAGAGCAGUCGACGUGGCAGAAAGAGGAGAUCAAGUGAUGAAUCAGACAGUGAAUCGGAAUCAUCAGAUGAGUAUUCCAGUGAGUCGUCUGAUGAAAGUCGAAGCCCGCGCAGACGAGACAAAAAACGAGGGAAAGGAAAGAGAUCCGGGAAGAGAGGAAAAGAUAAAAAGGAAGGGAGCAAUGAGAGCGGUUCGUCAAGCUACGAUAGUUCCUACGAUAGCUCUUACGAUUCAUCAAGUUCCGGUAGUAGUUAUGACUCGGAUGACUCGAGUUCAGCAAGCUCGAGUAGUGACAGCUCAGCCUCCAUCACCAGUGAUUCGUCCGAGGUCAGCGAGGCUAGCGAAGUCAGCAGCGUCGAGAUAUCCGAUGUCGACAGUGAACUCCAGGGAGAGGAGAGAGCGAGAGCUAUCAAAAAGAAGAAACAGGAACGAAAAGAGGACAAGGCGGCGGAGAAGCAACUCAAGAAAUAUCAGGAACGAAAGAAAGAACGAGAGGGAAAGAGGGAGAAUAACAGAAAGAAGAGGGAGGAGAAAGUAGAGAAGAAGAAGGAGAAAAAGGAGAAGAAGCAUCAGGAAAGGGAAGAUCGACGAGAAGUGAAGCGAGAUAGAGGGAAGAGGAAACUUGGCAGAAAGGAAAAAGGUAGUUCGAGUGAAGAGGAGACAGAUUCGGAUGAUGGGACAAGCAAAAAGAAAGAUCGAAAGAGCCGUCGAGAUAAGAAAAGGGAGCGUCCUGUCAGUGCAGUAAGCACUAUUGGUACAGUUCAGAGCGAUGAAAUAUCUGUGAUAGACAGUGCCCUCAGCGAUGGGGCGAGAAGGAGACUGAAAGCACAGAAGAAGGAAAAAAUAAAGCAGAAGAAAACAGAGAAGAAACAACAAGCAAAGAAUGAACAAAGGGAAAGAGAGAGCAAACAGAAGAAAAAAGAGAAGGAGAAAAAGAGAAUAAAGCGAGAGAUUGACCGAGAAAUGGAUCGGAUGAGUUCAGCCAGCAUAGUAAGCAGUGUUCACAGCAGUGAUCUCUCUCUAGAUGAGGAGGAUAAAGAUCUUGAUGAAGAAUCAAGGAAGAAGAAGAAAGCAAGCUUGAAAAAGAAGCUAUCAAAGGCCAAACAGAAGUCUAAGAAUUUUAUGAAAGCGGUGUCAAAGGUCAUGGAAAAGAGAAAGCGAGAAGGCCGCGAUGACCCGCUAUCGUCGGACGAUGGGAGGUCACUUAGGGGCGUGACCUUCGCCGAUGGGAAAGAGUUCAGAAGUAUGGUGGAUUACGCCAAAGGAAGCAAGCGAGGCCUGACUGAUAAGAUUGAGAAGAACGACGGGCGUGGCGCGGACUGGAGGACGGAAUGGAAGUUACUGCAAGAGAAACAGAAAAGGGAAGAAGAGAUGAAACUCAAGAAGGCAGGAGAAAAAGCUAAUGAGGAUCCCCUUGCUGAAUAUCGGAACAUCAUCAAAGCCGAACGCGAUGCCCGGAUGGACAAGGUGUCUAAACUCAAGCUCUUCAUUAACCGCAACCUCGGCAUCCUCAAGGGAGGCAAUGUCCGAGUCAAGAACGAUGGCACCAUCGCGGCCGAUGAUGACUCCGACGCGGAGACUAUCGAGGUCGACGAUGAGGGUAACAUGAUGACGGUGCCGACUGCGUUGCGGUACGAAGAUUCGGAUCUCAAAGAAUGGAUCACCGAUAUGGAUAUGUCGAGGGGCACUACACCCGUUGUACCGAGUGAUGAUGAAAUCGAAGCUGUUGGGGUGCGCCGAGUUCUAAAAGAGUUCCGCAGGCACCCUAAUGAGAUGAAUACCCAUCUUCAGCGUGUAUUAGAGACAGCUUCAGAGCUCAAGGCUGACGAACAGAACAGACCAGCACUACGCAGCCAAAGCGCAAGGGCCGUAGAUGAAAGAGAAACCACAAUCGACUACAUGAACCAUUAUCGUUUGGUGGAGAAGUCGAAGCUUGAUCCCAUGGCGAGGUCAUUCACCGUUGAAGACAAAGAUAGAACAUGCGUAUUAACACUGGAUGCAAUGAGAGAAGCCUUGAAUGGUGUACCUAGUUUAAGCAGUCUGAAAACAAAACAACUGGAAUACGUUCUCAAGGUUCUUGACCUCGACGAUCAUUCACGCAUUACAUUCAAAAUGUUUGCGGUGAUUGGAGCAAUAUGUGAACGGAUGACUGCAAUGGAUGCUAUUGGACAAGCUCUGAUUGACCAGAGUGAUUUACUCGAUAUCCAGCGAAAGAUGGACCUGUACAGUUCCAUGUUCUACUGCAAUGUCAGCUCGUCGAGGGAUGAUAAUUACGUAACAGUUGAGACUCUACGGAUCGAGCUUAAAGCAGGGGGUCUUAAUCGCACCCAAGAAGAAUACAUCAUCAGUAAGAUGAACCCAAGUGAAUACAAUACGGUAUCUUUCUUGGAUUACAUGGCCUACAUUCCUCUCUUUCUCUCAAUGCAUGAUAACAUCAUCGACAACCCGUUCGACUUCGCUGAGAAAUACAACAAACCAUCCGCCGAAGUCCAGCGAGAUAUGAAUCCGAUAGGCUUGCCACUGAAUCGUACCUACCACGUACUCCAUCAGAGCAUGUCAUCACGUGGUCUGCCGUCAUCAGCCAUGAGGAAAGCCUUACUCAGUCGGACCAGUACAAAGUUACCGAAUAUCAUCAGCAAGAUGUCAGGUAUCAAAAUCCGUCCUCAGCCACCAAACUCUGCCUCAAGAGUCCAAAAACCAUGAACGUGAUGAUCCUGACAAAAUUAUAUUCAACAAAAUAAGGUUUGAUGACUCUUGGAAUAUU